AAUUGAUCUGCAGUGUUCAGAUGUUGUAAAUGCUGAGAAAGCUUUUUAUGGCACGAGAAAUCUAUUGUAUUCUUCUCCUCGUACUAUUGUGGUGUAGAUUAGAAAGAGCAAUCGUGUUAAGAAAUCAGUUGUGUGAUAUAUUUAUAAAAGCAAAUACAGCAUGCCCUUCAAGUACGACAUCCCACUGGCGGAUCGCUUUGGCCAGCUGGUAAACAACGAGUUCGCGGCGGAUGUAUUCUUCGAGGUGGGCUCCAGCCAGCGGUUGAUGUACGGCCACCGGAGCAUUCUCAGCGUCGGCAGUCCGGUGUUCAACGCUCAACUAAACGGGGACUUCGUCGAGGCCCGAAACAACAGCCGCCAGCAUCCGAUCGUGGUGACGGACGUGGAGGAAGACGUUUUUCUGCAGAUUUUGCGGUACAUCUACAGCGCGAAUGCCACCGUGAAUCAUCGUAACGCCGUGGAGCUGUAUUACGCGUCGCAAAAGUAUUUGCUCAUCGACUUAAGAUGUAUUUGUGAAAACUUCUUUAACAGCAGUUUGUGGAAAGAAAAUGUAGUGACGGUUUUCAACGCCAACCGAAAACAUGAGUUUCCCAUUGUGAAUGAUUGCUGUCUGGAGAUUAUCUGCGAUAAUCCGUUACGAUUUCUCUCAGGUGAAAAUCUAACUUCUUUGCUCGAGAAAUCAUUAGAAAUGAUAGUUGGUAGUGUCAAGAUAAAUUGUUCUGAAGAUCAUCUGCUAGAUGCUGUUUCUGAAUGGGGAAAAUUUCAUAAAACUAAAAGCACAUAUCAGCUUCGCCAUCUGAUUCUUAGCCAAAAACAGCGUAGUCUUAAAUGUAAAAAGUUGCUAAAUUUCGAUGGUUAUUGCACCAUUAACAAUCCUGAUAUCUGUCUGAACAUUAAAACCGACAGAAAAAUCGCCAUUUACGGGUUCGGAGUCUAUGUCGGUAGUCCUGAUCUCGAAGGAUAUGAAGUAGAAAUUUCAGUUAAUGCACAGGUAAUUAAUCAAAUGCUUUAUAGACCCUUUUCUUCUUAUUUAACUAAAACAGAAAAUCAAAGACAUACCAGCCUGACUAAAUCGGUCAUCAAAGAUGAACUGUACAUCCAGGAAAUAAUAUUUGAAAAACUUACAGUCAGCUCAGAAGAACAAUGCCUAAUAAUUGGGUUUAUGAAGGUGAAUGCUUUUCCAACAGCACCAAUGUUUUGUCUGCGCCAGUUUAAGCCUUAUAAUUUGCCAAAAGGUGUAAAUUUAACAGUAAAAGAUAUCACCUGUAACUACUAUAGCUGCGUUGCUUAUGUGCUGUACAAUGUUUUGUAAAAUAUGUUAGAUAUUUGCGUGAAGAUUUUUUUUUUGUUUAUUAUGAUUGUCGUUUCUUUGUUGGUAGAAUGUAUGUAAUUGCAUAUGGGAAACAUAGAGAAAAAGUUAUGUUAUAAAAGGAUAUGUUAUUUGUAAGUGCUGAAAAUACAUUUUUCUAUUACAACAGA